AUGGCUUUCGAAAACCCACGUGCCACUCCACAGGUCCCAGCUGCCGCCAAGUCCACGUCUGAUCCCGUCAUAUUGACGCGUCAGACCAUGCGCGACGGUGGCUCUGGUUCGAACACCGAUAUCGAGUCCUCCGAUCCGCCACGACACACCUCGCAUCCUCGCGAUGACCUCGCAUCCUGGCGAUGGAAGGCAAUGAUAUGUGGGAACAUGCUCCUCUCUGCCAUAGGUGGUUACGACACGAGCAAUGUUGCCAAUAUCCAAGUACCAAUAUACCAAGCUUUCGGCCACAUCGAGCUCUUGCCAUGGGUCAGCCUAACGUACGCCCUGAGUAGCGUCGCCGUGAUACCCCUGGUUCGAAAAGUCAUAGGUCUUUGUAAUUUGAAGAUACUUGCAUUGGUCUCUUGCGUUCUUGCGUCUGCGGGCUCAGCUCUUGCUGGGGCCGCCCCCAAUCUAGAGUGUGUCAUAGUCGGCCGGGUUUUGAUGGCAGUUGGUUCCGUGGCAAUAUAUCAGACUUCCUUGUCAUAUAACGUGAUAUUUGCCUACCCGAGCGAGCUCGCACUCGUACAAGCUCUUGUUGGAGUGUUCUUUGCCCUAGGGUUGAUCUCUGGACCUAUCAUAGGCGGCGCCUUCGCGGAGAACGAAACGGCAACUUGGCGAUGGGCAUUCUUCGUCGUCCUCCCAGUAACUGCACUGGCUGCAUUCCUUUUACUAUUCUACCCGCCCUUCCGAAUGCCCACAACGAAGUCAACAAUGACACGAGUCAGGGAGGUCGACUGGGUCGGGCUUGUUGUCUGGAUCGGACUGUUUGUGCUGUUCGGGCUCGGAUCCAUCUCCUCAGGCUCGACCUGGGCAUGGGACUCAGGACCCUCAAUAACUGUAUGGGUGCUUUUUGGUGUUGUGCUACUGGUUUUCGUCAUUCAGCAGCGUCUCAAUCUCUUCACCGUCCCAGAAAGGCGAGCUUUCCCGGUAUUCCUGCUUACGAAGCGCGUUGUUGCUCUGCCAAGUCUCUGCCUGAUGUUUACUGCCAUCGGCUAUGGAACCACAUUAUACUACACGCCACUGUACUUUGCUUUCACCCGCGGACAUGACGCUUUGGGGGCCGCAUUGAGGUUACUGCCUUUUAUUGGGAUUUUCAUCUUCAUGAUCUUCCUGUCAGGUGGUUUACUACCGGUGUUGCGAUACUACAUGCCCUUUUACGUGGCCGGUGCAGUCUUCGUGCUUGUUGGCGGAGGCUUGCAGCAGACCAUCACGCCACAGACGUCCGAGGGUACCGUGAUGGGCUUCGAGGCGGUUGUUGCGGCUGGAUUUGGACUCAUGUGGCAAACUUCGCUGCCGAUAUUGUCAAUAGUCCUCCCACCCCAAGAGCGCAUGGACGCAGUGUCGCUGUUCGCCAUGGCGCAGCUCGGGGGCGUGUCAAUUGGUCUAGCACUGUCAGGUGCCGUAUACCAGAAUGUGGGCUUCAACCUCGUGAAGACGGCGGUCGCCGACCUGGGAUUCUCAGAUCAUGAUAUCCGCGAAUUGCUCUCAGGAGCGGACUCUCCCAUCUUGACAGCUGGCAACCAGGAUCUGCUCGCACUUGUAGUGGCUGCAAUUACAAAGGCGCUGCUGCGUUGCUUCUAUUUGACUCUAUCUGCCGGAGCUCUUUGUUUUAUUGCAGCAUGUUUCAUGAGGUUUGAGGCUUUGAACUUCAAGAAAGCAGUCCCCGGAUCAAAAAGCUCACCGGCCAACGAAAAGUAG